AUGGAAUCAAUAAUAUGCACAAGUUGUUUUGAAAUAUAUGAUGAGCCUUUGUUGCUAUCGUGUGGAGAUAUUGUGUGUAAAAAGUGUUUGAAUAGUAAUACAACAAUAAGUACUUUAGUUAAUACAAUUGGUGUUAUUAAUGGAGUAACAAGUAUAGAAACACAUCAUAAUCAACAACAAAUUAACUGUUCAAAUCAAAUAAUAUGUAAGGUGUGCGAUAAGAAGGUAUCAAGUUUUCAUUUAAAUAAAGAGAUUCAGUUAUUGGUAGAAAGUUUCAAAAUAAAGUCAUGUUUAAAACAUAGUAGAAAAGAAACUAAUUUAUAUUGUGGGGAUUGUAAAGUUUUAGUAUGUUCAUCAUGUAAGAGUGAUAAAGUACAUAAAAGCCAUCAAGUUUAUGACUAUAAUCUUAUAUUUUUCAAUGCCUUAUACUAUAAAAUUGAAAUGGUAAUGUUGCAAAAGGUUAGACAAAGCCAGAUUCAAUCACAACUGGCAGAUCAAAAAAGUGCAAGUUUCAACAAUAUUAAAAGCAGUGACAGUAUCAAAAAGAAAGACACUCGUGUUAGAUUUAAUCACAACUUUUUUUCAAAUUGUAAAGAUAUUCAAUACUUAAAUUAUUUAAAAAAUAAAAUUAGAGAAUUAAUACCAAAAAAUGGUUUAUAUAGCAAAAAAUCUUUUUAUAUGAAGUCUAUAGAAAUAAAUAAAAACUCAGUUAUAUCAUAUUUUAAUUUGGCAACUACAAUGUCAGAAACACCAAAUGAAAAGUCACUAAAACUUUAUGAUGGAACCACGGUAACAGAGAAUGAUUUAUAUUUAAAAUCUAUACAAUUAAAUCCUACCAAUGCAUUUUGUUAUUAUAAUAUAGCAAUGGGGUUAGACAAUCAAGAGGAGCUUGUUACACUUCCCAGUGGUAAAAAGAUGAACAAAAUUCAAUUAUUUGUAAAAGCCAUCGAAACAGAUCAAAACUAUUCAUUAGCAUAUUAUAACUUGGCAAAGAAUUUAAAAACAAAUACAAUUAUUAUGUCAAACUCCAUCGUAAUGAAGAGAAAAGAUUUAUUUAUAAAAUAUAUCCACUUUCAUCCAAAUCACUCAUUUGCAUAUAACAAUUUGGGUUUAAAUAUUAAACCAAAUGAAGUUAUUCAAUUAUUAAAUGGUCAAAAAAUGAAUCAAAAAGAUCUAUACCGAAAAUCAAUCGAUCUAAACCCAAACUAUUCUAAUCCAUAUAUCAAUCUUGCAUCUAUAACAACUGAUUCCACCGUAACACUAAUGAAUGGUAGCGUUUUAACAAAAAUCGAUCUUUACUUAAAAGCCAUUGACUGCGAUGAAAAUAGUUCAAAUGCAUAUAACAACUUGGCAGCUCAUGUAGAUAAACAUCAAAUCAUCUGUUUAUUAAAUGGUACAAAAAUGUCUAAAAAGGAUUUAUAUUUAAAGAGUAUAGAUUGCAAUCCCCAAAAUGCAAAUGGUUACAACAAUUUAGCACUUUUCCUUUCAAAUAAUGAUGAUAAAAUCCAACUUUUAAAUGGGAUAAAAAUGAAUAAAAAAGAAUUAUAUAUAAACUCCAUUUCAAUUGAUCCAAAUAACAAUCUAAUGGCAUAUAAUAACUUGGCAAAUUGUUUAAAAACAAAUGAAACUGUAGAAUUAAAGAAUGGCAAAAUAAUGAAUAAAAAAGACUUGUAUAUAAGAUGUAUUGGAAUUGAUGGCACUAUUCCCAGAAUCUACAUUAAUUUGGCAAAGAAUGUAAACUUUAUUGAAAAGAUCACAUUAGAGGAUGGAAACAAGUUAUCAAAAAAAGAUAUAUUCACCAAGAUUAUAGAUUUAGAACCAGAUCAAUGGAUUCAUUAUUACAACUUGGCAAACUCUCUAAAACUUAAUGAACAAGUAAAAUUAAUCAAUGGUCAAAAAAUUGGUAAAAAAGAGUUAUAUAUCAAAGCAAUCGAUCUAAAUGCAUAUGAUGCCAGAUUAUUCAAUGGUUUAAUUAGUAUUUUAAAGAAUAACGAAGUAAUCAAAUUGCUAAAUGGUCUUGUGUUAUCCAAAAAAGAUUUAUACUGCAAGAGUAUGGAAUUAGAACCCAACAAUUCAAACACCUAUUUCAACUUGGCAAUGAUUUUAACAAGCUCAGAUGUUAUCCAACUAAGAGGCUGCACCGAGAAUAUGAACAAAAGAGAUUUAUUCAUCAAAUGUAUAUCAUUAGAUCCAAAGAAUUCAAAAUCAUAUAUUUAUUUAGCUGAUGAAAUGACAAUUAAUGACACCGUUGUAGUAUAUAACAAUGCAGAGAUGAAUGAUGGCCAGCUAAUGAAUAAACUGGAUCUCUACAUUAAAUCGAUCGAUGUAUUUGCAAAGAAUGCCGUUGCAUAUUACAAGACUGCACUAUAUUUACCCGAGCCAUUAGAAUCAGUUCAACUAUUAAAUGGUCGUGCCUUCACAAGACAACAGCUGCUAUUAAAAUCAAUAUCUAUUAACCCAAGAAUGGCACAUUCAUACUUUUUAUUAGGUCAGCUAUUAGGUCCAAAUGAAUCAAUUAAAUUACCAGAUGGUUUACAUACCGGCAAAAAAGAUCUCUUUAUUAAAAGUAUUGAACUCUCCCCAUAUGUAGCACAAUUUUAUUUCGGUUUAGCAACCCAUAUGGCAUCCCAUCAAAACGCAUUAGAAAUGAUAGCUAAAAUUAAUGGAUAUAGAAUUAAAACAAGAGAUGUAUACUUAAAAUCAUUAUAUGUGCAUGCAGACUAUUUAUUCGAUAUUACAACAGGUCAAUUAUUUUUAGACAUGGCAAAUAUGCAAACAGCACAUGGUCAAAAAAUAAACAAUAUCGAGCAAUGUACCAAGGCAAUAGACUCUGAUCCAUUUGACUACAACAAUUAUUUCCAAUUGGCAUAUUAUUUAGGUUUUGAUGAAAGUGUAACUCUAUUAAACAACACAAAUAUGACCAGAAACGAACUAUGUAUAAAAACAAUCCAAAUCAACCCCAACCACGUUCAAUCAUAUUUUUGUUUGUAUUUCUCUUUAAAAAAUUCAUCAGAUGAUCAAUAUAUAACAAUGUUAAAUGGCGAAAAACUAAACAAAAAAGAUCUACUUUCUAAAAUUGAAUAUAUCGAUAAAAAAUUCUUUGAUAUAAUGUUUCACCCAUUAUAUAAUUUAAUAAAUAAAUAAAUUAACUAAUUAAAUAAAUAAAAUUAGAAAUCUUUUUGU